AUGAUGCAGUCGCAAAAGUUCACCCUAUCGCCUCCUAGCCUGGAGGAGCUGGCCAAGGCGCUCCAGGCGCCGCUCGCCGCCAACUUCGAGCAGUCCGCCGUCAGCGUCGUGCCGUGCCCCGACCUCCGAGAGGCACCGUUCGGCCUGGCCACCGCGGGGCUCUCGGGGGACGAGAAGGUCGCAGACGUCGGCGGGCAGCCCAACCUGUUUCCCCGCCCCCGGCUCGGCGCCAUAUGGUCCAUGACGGACAUCGCCAGGGCCAUGGAGAUGGACCCCGGCAGGGGCGGGUUGCUCGGUGCCGGCGCAGGGCCGUUCCACGUGGUCGGCCAGAACUGCGAGCUGGCGCCGAAUCUCAGCUGGAGGGACGGCCUCGACAACGUGGACAAUCGCACCCGUUAUGUCGAGAUUGAUUGUGCUAAUGGGGCCGUCCACGUCGCCCAAAGCUCGUCUGUGGACUGCGCAUUGAUGGUCAACCUCUUCGGCUCUUCAGGCGAUCCGGGACCGGUCCUAAAGAUCACGGCCAAGAGGCGAAAGGGUGCCGAGAAGAGCUUCGCAGAGUGUAUCCGCAAGGGGCUCCAUGCAGCAUAUGGAGACUCGCAGACAAUCAGCCUGGGAGGCGUUUUCCUCGUCAAGUCAGGCAGAGCAACGUACCACGUUAUGCCGGAUUUUCCGUCCGAGGCGGAGCUCCCUUUUAAAGACCGUGGAGAAGUCGACAAGUGGCUGACCUAUCAUGACUUCGAUGGGCCCAUUAUGUGUCUAUCUGUCCUCCAUUCUUCAGACCCUGGGAAGGCGAUGGGUCUGCGGAUGGAGCAUACACACUGUUAUUCUACAACUGGGGCACAAACUGGUGGGCAUUAUCAUUACGAAGCAGAGGAAGGUGGCGAGUACAUCGAGUAUGAGGGAUAUUUCAACACUGCUAAAGCGAUCUACCGUGUGGACAGGCCAUGA